CAAUUUGUGUGUGUGCGUGUGCGUGUGCGUGAAAAUAAACAUAAACAUAUCGAUUAUUUAUUUAUUUUUGUUUAUAUAUGUGUGUGUGUGCAGUUAACAAUCAUCUUUUGUAGUAGUUGUCGUUGUUGCUUGUGAAUUCUUUGGAUAAAAAUAUUACAUCAUUCAAAGAAAUAAAAAUCUUUUGAACAAAUUGAUUGUUUUAUUAAAUUAAAAUUAUGGGAAAUUUUGUUGGACCAAGAAAAAAAUUAUCCAGAGAAGAUUUAACAUUUCUUAAAGAGAAUACACAUUUUACUAAACGACAAAUUAAACAAUGGUAUAAUGGAUUUAUACGUGAUUGUCCAUCAGGUCAAUUAAGUAAAAAGAAAUUUAUUGAAGUCUAUUCUGGAUUUUUCCCUGAUGGUAAUGCGGAAAAAUUUUGUACACAUGUAUUUCGUACAUUCGAUAAAGAUAAUUCUGGUCGAAUUGAUUUUAAAGAAUUUUUAUUAGCUAUUAAUAUAACAUCAGGUGGUGAUCCAGAAGAGAAAUUAGAAUGGGCUUAUCAAAUGUAUGAUAUUGAUGGUAAUGGUACUAUAGAACGAACUGAAAUGGUUGAAAUUAUUCGAGCUAUUUAUUCAAUGCUUGGUACAGAUAAUACAGCUGUGGAUAUUAGUCCAGAAGCUAGAGCUGAAGAAAUAUUUGAAAAAAUGGAUGAAAAUGGUGAUGGUGUAUUAACACGUGAAGAAUUUAUGAAAGGAUGUAUGGAAGAUAGUCAACUUAAAGCUAUGCUAUUAGCUGAUGAUCCAAUUGAAUAAAAAGGAGAACAAUCAUUAUAUAAAUAAUCAACAAUAACACAACAAAAAAUGAAUCAUCUGUAAACAAACAAACAAAGAAUUCUAUAACUAACCAUUUCUCUUUAGCAUCAUCAUCAUCAUCAUUAUCAUCAGUAUAGAUUAUUCAUAUUCAUCUAUUUUUCGAAUUAGCGUAUUCUACAGCGUCUUAGUAUUCUAUAUGAGAUAGAGUCACUCACUUUAUACUCAACCCACCCCUUCUUUUUUAUCCGAGCUUAGGACUGGCAGUAGUUCCAGAGGUCCUCC